AUGUGGCGUGUUAUAGUUUUUUGUGCGUUGGUGGGGUCUACUGUGGGGCAGUCCUGGGUGACAAAUAUUACUGAUAAUCUUCGAGAUGGCUUGUCCCGGGUUCUGGAGUCGUCCAUGGUUAACUACUCAACGCCCGUCAUCAACGUCAGCUAUGGAGCCAGGGUGGAAUUCGACAUGCGCGCUAUGGGACAUCUUUAUAAUUCAAGCCACACCAUUAUAGACAUCAUCGCGAAUAAACAAGCAUAUCCAGAAGGUAUAAUUCCAUUCUAUUAUGACAAUCUAUUAUGA